AUGUCUGAGCUUGACAGCUUAAUAGACGAGCUCUUCCCUGAAAAGCCGAAGAAUGAAUGUAACUUGGUCCUUGCUUCCGAGUCGUCUCGCCGUCGAUCGGAGUGGGAUGAUGAGAGCGACGAUGACCAGGAUAUCCGCAAGGUGGCUGGUACUAGAAUGCACGCUGGGCAGCAGCAGCAGCACCCCUGUGCAGUCUCCUACGCUCCACCGUCUUCGUCCACGUCAGAAAUAACACUCUACCACACUCGCUGCUCAAUCGGCCACUUCUUCGAUAAUGAUAGUGACGCCGACGGCGACGUAGGGCAUCUCACGACGCACCGAGAUGAGCCUGGAGAACGGGCCGAGAGCGAGCCAAACAAGCAGCCGCGUAUCAGCGUGUCGAAGCCGGUGCUGUUCCCUGUACCGUUUCCGUCUCUCUCAGACUCGGACGGCUCCUACGCCUGUGCGUCGCGAUGCUAUCUCACAAACCUUGGCGCGUUUCUCACGAGCGAUACCGAUCACCCCACCCUGCAGGAGCUGCGUGCCAUAGCGGUGGAUGAGCAGGCGAACGCGGGGUCUUCCCGCAUUCAAGCAAUGCUGCGGAAGGGUGCCUUUCACGCUGCUAAGGCGAACCUCGGCAAUGGCUGUCUUGACCACCAUGGUGACUUUACGGUAGACGGUGGGUGCCCGCACAUCUUGUGCCGCCACUGCAACUACAUGGUGGUGCGACUGCAAGGUGCUCAGUGGGAGGACGACGGAGUCAAUUUAUACUUGACAUUGCGCAACUACUAUCCAGAUUGGUGUCGCUUGGCGAGUGCGACGCCGGUGGGAGUGGAGGACGGUGCCGAGGCAUCCCGCUGUGUUCUGCGUACCAGUUUGCCGGCGGCGGCCUACUGUUGCCAGUGCUCGUGGGUGACAGUGAGGUGCGCCAAAGCCGUCGUGGAAACGAGGCUGACGGACAUUACCAUGAUAAGGCCUGCGAAGGAGGGAGAGCACCCGUUUGCCACGGAGUUGCCUCUACCACCUGGUGAGAAUCGGCGACCGCCACUGUGGGUUUGUCACGGGCAUACGCGUUAA